CAGUUAGAGUCCGCCUUUCGCGGUGAUCACUGCGCGGUUACUCGAUCAUGACGCGAUCUUCGCCAGCUUGGUGUGCUGGCCUGGCUUGGCUCCUCUGGAUCUUUGCAUCCAUGUGGAUGCGCACGUGUCUCGCGCAGUUUGCCAUCUCCUCGUCCUCCCCCAGAGAAGCUGUCGCCUCCGCCGGUGGCGUCACCGUGGUGGCCCAGCUGCCCGGUUUCGGAGUAAUCAAUGGACUGAUCAAUGCCAUGCACAAUAAUCGCUUUAAUCAGAAUCAGCAGCAGCAGCAGCAGCAGUUUGAAAGACUGCAGCAGGAAAGGCCGGGAUGGGGUUCGCAUCGGAGAGGAAUGCCCAGGCCAGGAUUUGCACCGCCCAACCGUCAGCAACCGACGCCACCUGGAUGGCCACCAGGCUGGCAGUGGGGCGCAGGUGGUAACCAGAAUCAACCCGGAUUUGGCUGGGAUCAAACGGGAUUCGGACCAGGCUGGAAUGGAGGAGGCGGGCAAAGACCCGAGUGGAACGGUGGGGGUGGAACAGGUCCAGGCUGGAAUGGAGGAGGUGGAAGGGGACCACCAGGUUGGAAUGGAGACGGUGGAAGAGGAGCACCACCAAGUCCAGGCUUUAACGGAGGCGGACCGCCACCACCAAGACCCGGAUGGAAUGGAGGAGGACCACCGCCACCAAGACCGGGAUGGAAUGGAGGAGGACCACCACCACCAAGGCCAGGAUGGAACGGAGAUGGACCACCGCCACCAAGACCAGAAUGGAAUGGAGGGAUGGAGCAGGAAUGGGAAAACUAUCCACGCUUCCCCGAUCAGCCGGAUCCCAAUGAUACCAACCCGAAUGUGGAUCCAAAUAAUGAGUCUAGCACCACUCCCCAAACUCCAGUACCAGAACCCUCCUUUCCAGCAACCACACCUAAACCAGCGGCAACGUUUCCCACGAUCCAGCCACGUCCACCCGCUCAGCCAACGAAGGACACCCUAAUUAUAGGCAACAAUCGGCCGCCGCUGGUGCCGCCCCAGAAUCCGGAUCCACCCGCGACCACCUUUCCCACUUGGAUCGUGCCUGAGCCAUUGCCAAAGCCCCGAGACGAGUCCUCCGAAAAUAAUGCCAUAAUAUUCCCCAGCUCCAGCAAAUAUAUCCAUGUGCCCAACCAGGAAGUUCCCUCGGUACCCAUUGAUGUGAGACGAAGAUGAAUCUUCCAAGAGGGAGUUCCCCGAUCCACACUUGUAUAUAUCGCAGUUGUAUAUUCAAUUGCUUCACUCGAGAUCUUCUUUAUCGAAAGUUCAAAACAGGUUUUAAAAGCUUCUGGAUGGAAAUUAAAACAAUUUUAAUAAAUUACACAUAAACAAAUGA